AUGUUAACGCCCGUUCAAUAUUACCUAUUCCUCUGCAAUGCUUUACAGAGUUGUGGGUGGAGCAUAAUUUUGUGGAAUACUCUUCGUGGUUUAUUGCAGAAUGAAAGCUAUCAACAGCUAUAUCAGUCGUGUGAGCUAGAAUUACAGAUCUUCCAAACAGCUGCAGUUCUUGAGAUUGUUCAUGCUGCUGCGCGUUUUGUUCGAUCACCCGUUGGGACCACAGCAAUGCAAGUAUUCUCACGUGUUUCACUUCUCUGGCUUAUCUUAUACAAGGUUGUAUCGGCACAAGCAAGCAUUGGUGUACUGUUUUUGUUGAUAGCGUGGUCGAUGACCGAAGUAGUACGAUAUAGCUAUUAUGGACUGGCUUUAAUUAAUGCUGUAUCAAACUUUCAUACAUGGCUAAGAUACUCUCUUUUUAUUGUGUUAUAUCCUUUGGGUGUAACCGGUGAGCUUCUGGUAAUCCUGGCAGCUCUUCCUGAGGUCAGUGCGAAAAAGCAUCUCUCUGUGGAAAUGCCAAAUAUAGCAAAUAUUGGUUUUUCUUUCUGGUGGUAUCUUGUUGUUUAUAUGAUUCUUUAUAUACCAGGGUUCCCGCAAAUGUAUAUGUAUAUGCUUAAGCAGCGAAAAAAAGUCCUUUCAGUGGAAGUCAGCAAAAAGUUCAGUUAA